GCCAAAGGACCUGGUGUCGGUGGACUUGGACAAAUUCGAGUUCACUACGGAGGCACAUCUGGUGCCCAUUUCAAUUAAAGCAAAACCCACGGCACGCCCAAACACCCAUGAACCCCUCUCAGAGCUAAUACCCUUAAGCGAGAUUCUGAUUGGCUACGAGGAAGUUACCUACCUCUACUGCCCCAAUGAAAACGACUGGAUGGGUAUCUACAGUGCCAGUGCUUUACUAUCCGAUGUGUGCACCGCAGAGGACGAUCUCGCCAUCGUGUCGCACGAGGAGAGAGCGCA